ACUUCGGACGCAGUGUUGGUGGCACGUUGCGUGGAGGAAAACAGCAAUCUGUGCAGACAAAUCAUGUUGACCACGUGAACGCGCGCGAGCAAUCAACGCCCACCCCACCCCUUCACGCGCGGCAGCAACAGUCUCCCGCCACUGUAUAAAAGCCCUCAGUCACUGCUCAGGGCGCACGGAGGAAGCUCAACCUCUCAGGUGUAUCUAUCUAUCCAACAACCAUGAAGACUGUAGCUCUGAUUCUUGCUCUGACAGUCAUCACUGGCUGCAAUGCUCGUGCUGUGCUCCCUGAUGCCACCCUAAAAAGCUGGGAGGACACCGUGGAUCGUUUCUGGCAGUACGUUGCUGAGCUGAACCAAAAAGCUGAUGGAGUUGUGCAGGAACUCAAGGCCUCUCAGCUCACCAGGGAGCUAGACACUCUGAUCUCUGACAGCAUGGCAGAGCUGUCAGCAUACAAAGAUGACAUCCAGACCAAGCUGAGCCCCUACACCGAUAGCUCCACUGGCCAGCUGUCGCAAGACAUUCAGCUUCUGGGCAACAAACUCCAGAAGGACAUGCUGGAUGCCAAAGAACGCAGCGUUGAAUAUCUGGGUGAGCUCAAGACCAUGAUGGAGCAGAACACUGAUGAUGUCCGCAGCCGCAUCGGCACCUACACCCACAAGCUGAAGAAGCGCCUGAACAAAGACACAGAGGAGAUUCGCAACACUGUGGCCACCUACGUCAGUGAGCUCCAGUCCCGCACCUCCCAGAACAUGGACGCCGUGAAGGAGAAUGUUGAGCCCUACGUCCAGCAGGCCAGUGACACUGCAUCCAAGAAGCUGAGUGACAUCUCCACCAUGCUGAAGACCCAGGCUGAUCACUUGGGCCUGCAGCUGGAGACCCAGGCUGAGGGCAUCAAGACCCAGCUGGAAUCCACCGCCCAGGAACUGCGCACCUCCCUGGAAGGUAAAAUCGACCAGCUGACCGACAUGAUCUCCCCCUUUGCAACCCAGAUCCGUGAGCAGAUUGAGAACAUCAUGGAGAAGGUCAAGGAGACGGCCGCUGCUGCAUAAAGAAAGACACUGAUUUCUUAAUACUCUGGCAAAGAGGGGGGAGUUGAGGGUUACUGAUAAUAUCUUCAUGUGGGUGCUCUACUGUUCAGGAUAAGGGGGUUGCUGAGAUGAAGAAUGGGGAAUGAGGUGCGUCUUUUACAAAACAACAGAUAAACAUCGGUUUUAGGUUCUUUUAUUGUCACCUUUUCUUCUCUUGUCAACUCCCUUGAUCCCUGAACACAAGCAACCCAUUCAAUAACAGCCUUUAAUACACAAACAGGAAACAAUUAUUUGUAAUAUGCUUUGCUUUUCUACUGUUCUAGCUGUCUAUCCCACCCUCACAAGGUUUUGUAUUUAGUUUUCUACAUUUUGUUUGGUUAUAACAACUAAACCUCAUAGGCAGGGAUAAGUAGGGCUAUAAUCCCUAAAUGCACCAAACACAACUGUCUUUCAUUUCAAUAAAUGUACUCAAUGAUGAUGGCACCUACUGUAAUGUGUCUGCUCAGUGAACUGUAUUGUCUGUAUUUCUUCUUGUGCUUCACGGAGAAUUGGAAUGUAAAACGACUUGAUGCAUUUCUGACAAUCAAAGUGUAAUGCUGCCUGUCUGUCCUUCAGAGUGCCACUUGUGUGUCACGUGUCAUAUGCCCACUAUGCUGCUCACUGUAUGUGCACUGCCAGUGUGCUAAACAGUGCUGAGUGAAUAAAGAACCUAGAAAAUA